AUGAUCGAGUGCAAAGUCUCCAAAGAUUUAAAGGUAUACCCAACGAUCAUGGAGGAGCAUGUAUUGUUUAAGAAAAAGAAAGAGUACGUAGGCUAUUCAUUCGAUAUUAGUGGUGAAGAAGCUUGCGCCACAAUAGUGUGGCUUAAACAAAUUGAAGAAAAUGAGGACACAUGUAAAUUGCAUUGGUGGUCGAGUGCUUUUAUCCUGGGCUACAAUAGAUGUUAUUAUUGUGGUUAUGUCAUAAGAGAUGUAUCACUUGUUUAUUCAAACAAUAUCUGGAAAGACCAUCGGAGUGUUGGGAAGAGUACAAUUUUGACGUUCUUAAAGAGAGCAAAGAAGAAGAAAAGAGAAGCUUGGGUAUACUUCUAUUUGGUACCAUGCUCACAUUUUAUUAGUCAUGAAUUUGAUGACUUUAACGCUUCUGAAUAUAAUCAGUGUUGA